AUGCAAAUCACAGUCUUCGGGAGCGGCUGCGCACAACAGCGGAGGAUCAAGGCUCACAUUCACAAAUCUAUCAUCGCAUACCUCUCGGCGAAUGACCUCCCAAAUACCGCUGCUGCACUCAGGGCGGAGUUGAAUCUCACGGAAGAAGACUUCGAUGCGACUGCUGUGAAGAAAUACGAAACUUUACUAGAGAAAAAAUGGACAAGCAUUAUAAUGGACCUUGAAGCUCGAAAUGCCGCCCUGCAAUCCGAACUGGAUAAUCUCACACCGUCCUCCCUUCUCAAACCCAGACGAGAUCCGACCUCUUGGCUACCUACGCAUCCCCCUCGAUACUCUCUCGAAUCACACCGCGAUACUAUAAACUGCAUUGCUUUCCAUCCAAAAUUUUCGUCCCUUGCUUCCGGCUCGGACGAUUUCACGAUCAAAAUAUGGGAUUGGGAACUCGGAGAAUUAGAGAUGACACUCAAGGGCCACACUAGAGCUGUACUUGAUGUUGACUACGGCUCCCCUCAAGGAAUUACUAUGCUGGCGUCCUGUAGUUCUGAUUUAUCUGUCAAACUGUGGGACCCAGCCGAAGGAUACAAGAACGUUCGGACUUUAUUAGGCCAUGAUCAUAGCGUCAGUGCAGUCCGUUUUAUACCGUGCAGAAAUUUGCUUGCCAGUGCAAGCAGGGACAAGGACGUAAGGAUAUGGGACGUAACUACGGGAUAUUGUGUAAGGUCAAUACAAGGCCACACUGGCUGGGUACGGGAUGUUUGCCCAUCCUUUGAUGGAAAUUUUCUUUUUUCAAGCGGUGAUGACAUGACUGCUCGGCUAUGGGAUAUUUCCGCUAUCCCGAAUCCGGAAAACAAGGUGACCAUGGCCGGUCAUGAGCACUUCAUUGAAUGUUGCGCACUUGCUCCUCCUACCUCAUACCAAUACCUUGCACCAGUUGCUGGUCUGAAAGGGCCUUCAUAUCCAAAGAGUGCAGCAGAAUUUAUGGCGACAGGGUCACGAGACAAGACUAUCAAAGUCUGGGAUGUUCGGGGAACUUGUCUGAUGACCCUCAUUGGCCAUGACAACUGGGUACGGGGGAUUGUCUUUCAUCCAGCAGGGAAAUACCUCCUCUCAGUGUCCGAUGACAGGACAUUGCGUUGCUGGGACCUGAGCCAAGAAGGAAAAUGUGUGAAAACAAUCAAAGAUGCCCACGACCGUUUUGUAACCUGCCUGAGUUGGGCCCCAGGAGUUGCCAAGGAUGUACCAGCUAUACCUAGCAACACUGCCAAGGGGGAAUCUAGCGAGAUCAAGGAAACAUCAAAAUCUCCUGAUAUACAAAUCCGUUGCGUUAUCGCCACGGGUAGCGUGGAUCGGAAGCUACAGAUAUUCGCGGCCUGA